AUGUUCCCUUGGUCUGCUGUUUUCUCUCUUGAGCCUAAAGUCCCGGGCCAGCGUAGCAGUGAAGAAUUAGUCACAAACACUUUAAUGUUGGAGUUGGGGGCCAUGGUGAAGCGCACUGAACGCAUACGUCUGGAGAGGGCCACAGAAGGUCGCCGUCGCCGUCGCAGCUCCUCCUCCACGGCCGACUACAGCUGGCUAGUCAAAACCCCCAACCCACAGCCCUACCAGCUGACACCCAACGACCUGCUGGAACUGCAGGACCUCUGUGCCAAGAUCCCUCCGGCACAGUGUGGCCCUGUGAUCGUCAGGUUCAGGAGGUCGGUGUCGCAGAUGGAGCCUGAGGUCCACGAGGUUCCCCGACUGUUUCGCUCAGUGUUACGCGAGUGUGUGGAUGAGGUGAACGGAAACGAUGAAGAGCAGACAGAAGACACUAUCUUCGAAAAGCAGCAGCGCAGCAAGAGCCUUUCUUUCAUUACUUUCCGCACCAAGUUCCGCACGGGGCAAUUCUUCAAGGGCAGCGGCAUGAGAGGCUCCAGGGGGAAUCUGCAGCAGGAGGUGGACUGGUCAGACGAGGAGGAGGAGGAUGAAGAAGGGGAAGAGGAGGCCAUUAAGGCCAGGGCAAGGAAGGGAAGAAGCAAGAGCAUGCCAGAGAUUAGCCCUAUGGAGCAGAGUGCCCAGGGCUGAGAGAAGGGAGGCAGAAAGUCAGUGGAGACAAUGCAGAGAGGAUGGUGUGAGGGAGAGGUGGAGCACCUGUACAGGGGUUUAUUUUUUUGGGGGGGGGAGGGGAUGAAAAGGGAAGGCAAGAUCCGAAUAGAAAACUAAUAAAGGGCAGAAGAGAAAAACAAUUCCAUUUCAAGGAAGGAGGGGAGUGGCAUUCAGUAAAAUGAGAGAAUAAAACAUUUCUUUUAAUGACAAAUAAAAAAGCCUAAAGAGUUGGUUUCGAAGUGAUCCUUUGGCUCUCUACGAACCGAUUUUCUUCAAUCAGUCAUGCAAGAGUUUUGGUUUUGAUUUUAGCUACAUUCAAACCCAUCUGAUGUGCUAUGUUGUUGUGAGAAAAUUCAUUACGAGACAUGCUCUAUGGUCAUCAAUGUCCCAUGGCUGGAACAAAGUGAUUGACCCACCAACCCAUCAAAACCAUCCUACCUGCAGACUUUCUACCAAGGUUAGAAACUCUUAAAAAUACUUUGUGUUCAACAGAUCCUGAUGUUCACAGGAUCACCCUUUAAAAACAUGUUGUGCUAUAGAAAAGACACCUGUCCUUUGCAGAAGAUAAUGGGGAAGUUUACUGGUCCAUAUGCAGGAGUUUGACUUCAGGUCACCUGCUCAUUAAGCUGUACUUCAGCCAUCAAGCAAAUCUUAGCAGGCAGGAUAUAACUGGAAUAUCAUAAUCUACUGUUUACAGCGGAUACAAGUAUUUGGAUGGAGUACAAUGUUUUUUUUCUCUUCUUUAAGGCUAAAACAAAGUUAUCUUUAAUGUAUUAUUCAAGUCUAUUAUACCU